AUGCUAGACUUGUCCGCUGCAGUGGGAGUGCUUAGUCAAGACAUGUCAAAACCUGGAAAGCAACAUUGGGUUGGUGUUAAACGAGUUCUCCUAUACGUUAGAGGAACCAUCGACUAUGGUUUGGUGUACAAGGGGAGUAAAGCUUACGAAACGAUGAACUGUUUACGUGGCUUCGCCGACGCUGAUUGGGCUGGAGAUGUGGUAACACGAAAAUCGACUUCCGGAUACGUAUUCCAAAUCGGAAAUUCCACGAUUUCAUGGAAAUCGAAACGUCAGUCAAUCGUUGCACUUUCCUCGACCGAAGCUGAAUACGUUUCAUUAUGCAGUGCAACACAAGAGGCAGUAUGGUUGCGAGUCCUGCUUGAUGGUAUGGGGUUCAAACAGGCAAAUGCUACUACGAUUUUUGAAGACAACCAAGGUGCAAUCGCUCUUGCGAAAAACCCCGCACAUCACUCACGAACAAAACACAUUGACAUCAAGUACCAUUACAUACGCGACGCUGUCUCGACCAAAGAGAUUACGCUGAAAUACUGUCCAACACAGGAAAUGAUUGCCGAUUUAUUGACAAAGGGACUCCCUCGACCACAGUUCGAUAAGCUUCGCUUAGAACUUGGAGUGACCAAGAUACAUUGA